UUAACUGUGUAACGUGCAGAAAGAAUCACUGAACCAUGAAUAGUUUUGAUGAAUUCAAAAGAUUCGGAUCUUUUGAAUGAAUCACAGUUCCGUCACAAGAUGGCCAACGCUGAAAAUCCGUCGAGUCUUCGACGCGUUUGUACAUAUAAAUUUGAUAAUCCGAGCACAUAGAUGGGAAAAAUCGUUUCAGGGUGAUCUUUUGUACCAAAUUAUUCAAUUUGAGUUCAAUAUAUCGUAAACGUAGGCUAAAUAAUGUCUGAAACAUCGGGCUCAGAUAAAUUAGACGAUGAUCAGUCUCGUGCGCCAACAGAGGAAAGAGAAAUCAUCAACGACGCGCAAACAAGCAACAAUGAAGAGUCGUUGGAAACCGCGUUAGACAAGAAAAGACUCAAAAACUCUGAUGAAAACAACAACCCAGAUUCAGCUUCCCUUAACGGGGAAGGAGAGCAGCUAAAACCAAAUGUAACAGCUGCUGUGAUUUCCAGUACCUCAGCCUCAUCUGAACCCUCUCCAAAGAUCAUAACAGGCCCUGCACAGAUCCGACCCACCGCUCCAGUGGUCGUAGGGGCCAGGGUAGUGACAUCCAGCGUUCAGGGACCAGGGGGGGCCACCAGUUUGGCUCUGGUUCCUCAGCCUGGAAGGGUGUCUGUGAGCUCCGUGGCCAUAAGCCAGCCCAGGGUCACCACACUGACCACAGCCAAAGGGGCGGUCGUGACAUUGCCAAGGAUUUCCACCCCAUCACAAAGUGUACCAAUGACACGCACCCCUCAGACUGUGCCACUGCAGCUGCCUGCCAACUUCCAGGUCCCACAAGGAAUGGUGUUAAUCCGCAGUGACAGCGGGCAGUUGAUGUUGGUGUCUCAGCAGGCUCUGGCCCAGGCUCAGGCUCAGGGAAUGCUGCCAAAACCAGCCAGUGCCAAUGCUGCUGCUAUAGUUAGACCUCCAUCCUCACAGGCGACUGUAACUGCUACACCAAUCAUCAGAGUUUCUCUCCCAGCUUCAAGUGCAUCAGCUUCUACCAAUAUUAAACUUAACCCCACUCCAGGGACUGCCGUUCAGAAACCACCCACUGCUACAGGGACCACUAUUUUCACGCCAUCAUGUACAACAGGAACUACCAUCAUUAAACCAGCCGGUGUUAUAGGGACGGCCAUCAGAAAGCCCAGCUCCACCAUUGUUAUCAAAGCCAGUCAAAUGACUCCCAACAGCAGCACAUCAGGGACCUUUAACCAGAGGACUAAUUCUGUCACCGCAACUACCGUAAUUAAUACCUCAGCUGUAAAGUCUGUGGGUAAAGGUGCUCUCUCCAGCCAGGGUAAUGCCCCACGAAUGGUGUCUCCUAAUGUAGCAGCCAGAUCCAGCACUAACACUUCAUCAGCCCCGGUCACUGUUACAGCUGAGACCUUGGAGAAUGUGAAGAAGUGUAAGAACUUCUUGGUCACUCUUAUGAAGCUCGCAUCGAGCGGCACUCGCUCUGCCAACAUGGCCCAAAACGUCCGAGCUCUUGUCAAAGGCCUGCUGGAUGGGAAACUAGAGGCAGAAGAGUUCACUGAAAAACUCUACAUAGAGCUCAAAUCGUCCCCGCAGCCAUAUCUAGUGCCUUUCCUGAAGAGGAGCCUGCCAGCUGUCCGUCAGCUCACCCCGAACUCGCAGCUCUUCAUUCAGCAGUGCGGCCAACUCAAGCCCUCCGAUUCAGAUUCAACCAAGGCCGCAAACCAGAACCCCACUGCGUCUGUCAGCUCCGCCCUCAAACCCAACCAGCCAACCAAAACAGCUCAGCUGGUGAUCCAGCAACCUAAAGGAGUGAUCGUCAAACCGUCUUUGGCAUCAGCUCAGGUGGGCUUACCUGCACAGAAGCAGACUCAACCCAAACAGAUGGUCCUUCAAACCAACACUUUCCCAACAGGUGCUGUUGUGCGGCAGUCCAUCCUUCAGGCACCUAAAACACACUUUUCCCAGCCGCCCCUUCCAGCACAGGCACACGGCUUCAAGGACAGCACCUCGGGCUCUUUCCGAGAUGACGAUGACAUUAAUGAUGUGGCCUCCAUGGCCGGAGUGAACCUGAGUGAGGAGAACGCUCGUAUUUUGGCCUCUGGCUCUGAGCUCGUGGGAUCAGUGAUCCGCUCCUGUCAAGAGGAACCCUUUUUAUUCCCAUCAGCCCUCCAGACACGAGUGCAGCACAUUGGUGGUUCUCUGAGCAUCACAGAGGUCUGUCCUGAUGUACUUGAAUUGCUCUCUCUGGCAACACAAGAGAGACUCCGAGACCUGCUGGAGAAGAUAACUCUUGUUGCACAACAACGACAGAUCUCUUACAAGUCUGAUGAGGAUGAUUGGCGCUACAAUCAGACCAAUGACACGCGCUCUCAGCUGAAGUUCCUGGAGCAACUGGAAAGACUGGAGAAACAGAGGAGGGAGGAAGAAGAGCGAGAAGCACUGCUCCGCAUUGCCCGAAGUCGCUCAAACAGUGAAGACCCAGAGCAACAGCGUCUGAAACAGCGAGCCAAAGAGAUGCAGCAGUUGGAGUUGGCACAGAUGGAGCACAGAGAUGCAAAUUUGGCAGCGCUGGCAGCCCUGGGGCCCCGUAAGAGGAAACCUCUGGAGGCUCCCGGCUCAGGGGCCAACCAGUUGUCAGGUUCAUAUGGCCAGUUUGCUUCUCGAGCACCAAUUCGAGUCACUUUGAGAGAUCUGACCUUCUGCAUGGAGCAAGACCCCACGUUCAGACAUACUCUCAUGCUGUAUAGAGCGUUCCUAGGCUAGAUAACCACACAAACACAACUUCUGUGUUUGAGCAAGUUCUUGAGAUUAUGUAUUAUUUUCUCAUUGUUCACAUUUUUUUUGUUAUAAUUCUGUAUUCCUGUUCUUGUUUUGAUUAUUGAAUAAACUGUACAGACAUAUUGACUGGUAAGGAAACACAAAAGAAUUAAUUAAACACUAUUAGCAGCAA